UUCUUCAAUUUGUAGUACCGAUCGCUUAGUUUUCGCUUGCGGUGCUACAAUCAAAUAUUAGCAACCCAAAUAUUCUCAUUCGUUCGCGGACAAUCGAGCGUGAUCGUCGUCUUUAUUUCACUGCCUCCGUUUUUUUACUAACUAAAUAUAAUCUUUUUUAGUCAAAUAAAUACGCGUAGACUAUAAUAUUCUUUUUACUUAUUUGGCAUAUUUUCUGUAGAUAGUCAACGCAUAACGCACCGAAAUAUGUCAACUUCCCAGCAACGCAAUCUAGUCGCGGUCGCGGAGUCCAAGCGUUUCAUGACCGACUGCUUCCUGGCAGUCAAGGUGCCCAAGGAACAUGCUGAGGCUAUGGCAGAUCUGCUCGUAGCUGCCGAUUAUCGGGGACACUUCAGUCAUGGCAUGAAUCGGCUGGAAAUGUAUAUCAACGAUUUGGCGAUCAACUCAACAGAUGGUGCUGCCACUCCAGCGAUACUCAAGGAGACGCCAGCCACCGCUUGGGUGGAUGGACGCAAUGGCUUGGGCGUAGUUGUUGGCAAUUUUUGCAUGGAUUUAGCGAUAAAGAAAGCGAAAACGGUUGGUGUUGGUUGGGUAUGUGCCAAAGGUUCGAACCACUAUGGCAUAGCGGGGUGGUAUGUGCUGCGCGCACUGAAGCAAGGUUUGAUAGGCAUGACGACAACUAACACAUCACCAUUGAUGGCGCCCACUCGUUCGAAGGAAGCAGCGCUAGGCACUAAUCCACUGUCGUUCGGUGCACCCGCUAAGGAUGACAAAUUUUUAUUAGAUAUGGCAACCACGUCGGUUGCGGUGGGUAAAAUUGAAAUACAACGUCGCAAAGGCGAACCACUGCCCGACGGUUGGGCGCAGGACCCAACUGGCCAGCAGACAAAUGAUGCUGAAUUGGCAUUCAGCACCGGCUGCUUAAUGCCACUCGGCGGCCCUGAAAUUUCAUCUGGUUACAAGGGAUAUGGCCUAGGUGCUAUGGUUGAUAUACUUUCUGGCGUCUCAGCAGGCGCCAACUACUCGACGAAGGUGCGAAAAUGGACACACGCGGGUGCGAAUACUGCCGCCGAUUUGGGACAAGUCUUCAUUGCUGUGGAUCCUAAUUGCUUUGCUCCGGGCUUCGAAGAACGCCUAACAGACUUUAAUAGCCGACUUAGAGGCUGCAAACCGGUGAGUUUUGAACUUCUUUUCUCCAUUGUAAAGUUUUGAAAUACGCGAAGUGGUAGAUAUCGAGCCCUU